UUUUCAAGGAAACGCGCAGGCAGAACAUUUCCCAGCAGCACCUUGGCUCGGCCAUUCCGUUUCCAUGGAGACGCAGGCGGGGCAAGGCCGUGACGAGUUUUGUAGGCGCCGGGAGCGGCAGACGGUUAUCCCUCCAGUCGGGAUAUGGAGCUCCAGGAACUAGUUCGGCGUAUAACGCUGCUGCAGGCUUGCGUGAGGGGUCGGCAAGUCCGGAGGCGGCUGCAGAACUUGAGAGCCGAGUAUGAAGAAGUGGUGCGGCAGGUGGAGGGUGACGACUUGGGCGGGCAGCUGCGCUGGGUGGGGCGCUGGCUCCCGAGGCCCGUUUUUUCUCCGGACACCCGGAGAAGGACCUUUGUCCUAAGGGCGGGGGGAGACAGCAGUCUCAGCCCAGUUCAGGAACCCCCCAGCAGACUUCAGGAUGAAGAGCCAGAGAGAGAUCAAGGCUGGAAGGAACAGCCGAAAGUGAAGGAGUCUGGCCAGCAAGAUGGUUCUGGCCCUCAACUGGAAGGCGGUGACAGGAUGCUGACAAGAAACCCAGAGACCCCAGAGCUAACACUACCCUCCCAGCCUGCCCAGCUCCAGAGACUUCAGAGACACCUGGCCAUGGAAAUGCUAUGGCUACAGCAGGCCAUUGUCAGUCGAAAGAAGUAUCUGCUUCUCAGACAAACACUGGAUCUCCCGGAGGAUUAGUUGGAGAGGGCUGUACCUCAAGUAAUGGAACCUCAAGAACAUCUGAGUGACCAGGCAAUUGGCAGGACUGAGAAGCAGAUACUGCUAGGAAGGGCCUCACUCUGGCUUCUUACUGUGGACUUCGGGUCCCUUCCAAUGGGGCAGAGUGAAGUCAGGAUACAACUAAUCUUCAAGGCUUGGUCACUGCUUUGUACACCAGAAUCUCUUUCUCCUCCUGGCUCCAGGAACCAUAUUGGUAUCAAGGAUUUCUAAUCUUCAGUACUACAGAUCCUAUGUUGAGAAUUGGUAGGCCCGGGGCUAGGUUAAGGCCUAGCAACUCUACACUUGGAGAGAGGUGGAGUUUUCUUUGUUAGCCCACAAUCCUGCUCUGUUGGAUGGACCCUGCUUCAGAGGGCUUCCUUUAGGCAGGAGGUGUUAGGUAGACUUGGCCAUUCUAGUCAAAGCACAGUAAAAAUUGGAGGAGAAAGGAAGAGAAUCAGGCCACUGGGUUAAAGGAGGAAUAAAACUUUUCAUUUUGCAA